AUGGCCGAUAAGAAUGGAGGAGGAGAAAUACUUGAAGAUAAUGAACAAGAAACUACUAGUCACGAGAAAUCGGCGUCGUCUAGUGAGAGAACAACAGCCGAAGAUGCUGAUACAUCGUUAUCGCCUCCCGAAACGGCACCGUCUAGUACGAGCCUUGUGGUUGCAGAGAGAAAGUGGUCAAAUAUGGAGACUCCACCAACGGACGACGUGUGUCCUAUCUGUUUCGGGAACUUUAACGUUCCCUGCCGUGGUCCUUGUGGCCAUUGGUACUGCGGAGGUUGUAUUUUGCAGUAUUGGAACUUCAGUGCUGCAUUGCGGCCUUGCAAGUGUCCAAUGUGCUCUCAGCACAUAACUAAAUUGACACCUGAAGCAUCAUUGUACAGUCAGCACGAAACCGAAAUUUCUCAGGUUUUAAAGAAUGUUAAUAAUUACAACCGUCUGUUUGUGGGAGGUAUUUCUGGAUUACUGCUGAAAAUGCUUGCCAUUCCAUUAUACUUCAAGAGACUGUUUCGUGACAUGUUGAAUCCCGAGAGACCUCGCCUCUUCGAAUUGCGAAUGAUUGCAUUGUUUCUGGGAAUCCUUUAUUCUUUCAGCCCCUUCGAUUUCCUCCGAAUAGGUCGUUGGAAUGUCAUAGACGUGUUUGAUAACUCCGCCGUUGCUCUCUCAUUCAUCUUUUAUCUUGUUGGGCUCGUCGUCCAAAGAAGGCGCUUACGAAAUGUCAGAGAAUUGGCUGAUAUUGAAGCAGGGUUAUGA